GUUUGCCGGCUGGCGUUAAGAUCAGAUCAGGAAACUCCCAACUCCCACCAUCUCUCCUUCUUCUCUCUAUAAACGUUUCUACUAAUGGAAACCUAACCAUCUCUACGUGUCUCUGUAAAUCCCACCCAACUUUCACUAUAAAUACCCCUUUUUAUCACAUCGAGGGAUACCCAAAUUCCUUCUUUCAAAAAACCCAGACUUUGUUUUGAUCUGUUUUUGAAGAAAAAGUUUUAAAAAAAGCAAAUUUUUUUUAGUAACCCAUCAUGGUUAAUGGUGAAGGGAGUAAUGGAGUUCAGAUCCGGCAACGUCGGAGAUUGCCGGAUUUCUUACAAAGUGUCAACUUGAAGUAUGUUAAACUCGGUUACCAUUAUUUGAUAACUCAUCUUCUGACUCUUUGUUUGGUCCCUUUAAUGGCUGUCAUCAUCGUCGAAGCAUCGAGGUUGAGCCUCGAUGACAUCCACCAAUUGUGGAUUCAAUUUCAGUACAAUCUCGUUAGUUUCAUCGUCUUCUCCGCUGUUCUCGUGUUCGGGUCAACCGUUUACAUCAUGACCCGACCGAGAUCCGUUUACUUGGUGGAUUACUCUUGUUACCUCCCUCCAUCACAUCUCAAGGUCAAGUACCAACAGUUCAUGGAACAUUCCAAGCUCACCGGCGAUUUCAAUGAGUCCUCCCUCGAGUUCCAGCGCAAGAUUUUGGAAAGAUCGGGGCUCGGCGAGGAGACCGUCGUGCCGGAAGCGAUGCAUUCCAUUCCUCCAAGGCCGUCUAUGACGGCGGCGAGGGAAGAAGCCGAGCAGGUGAUGUUUGGUGCAUUGGAUAAGCUAUUUGCCAAUACUAAUGUUAAGCCAAGAGACAUAGGGAUUCUUGUUGUUAAUUGUAGUUUGUUUAAUCCAACACCUUCAUUGUCCGCCAUGAUUAUUAAUAAGUACAAGAUGAGGGGAAACAUUAGGAGCUUUAAUCUUGGGGGAAUGGGGUGUAGUGCUGGUGUUAUAGCCAUUGAUCUUGCUAAAGAUAUGUUGCAAGUUCAUAGGAAUAGUUAUGCUAUUGUGGUUAGCACCGAGAAUAUCACACAGAAUUGGUAUUUCGGCAACAAGAAAUCGAUGCUGAUCCCGAAUUGUUUGUUCCGAGUCGGUGGCGCAGCGGUUCUGCUGUCAAAUCGGUCGACGGAUCGGAGGCGGAGCAAGUACAAGCUUGUUCAUGUGGUGAGGACACAUUGUGGUGCCAAUGACAAGGCAUUCAAGUGUGUUUACCAGGAACAGGAUGAUGCUGGGAAAACUGGUGUUUCUUUGUCCAAAGAUUUGAUGGCAAUUGCUGGUGGAGCACUCAAGACCAAUAUCACAACAUUGGGUCCCCUUGUUCUUCCUAUAAGCGAGCAGAUUCUGUUCUUUGUAACAUUGGUUGCCAAGAAGUUGUUCAAUGCGAAAAUCAAGCCAUACAUCCCCGAUUUCAAGCUCGCAUUCGAUCAUUUCUGCAUUCACGCCGGUGGGAGGGCCGUGAUCGAUGAGCUCGAGAAGAACCUGCAGCUUCUCCCUGUACACGCUGAGGCCUCACGAAUGACGCUCCACCGAUUCGGCAACACUUCUUCAAGUUCGAUCUGGUACGAGCUGGCCUAUACCGAGGCAAAAGGCAGGAUGCGGAAGGGCAGCAGGGUCUGGCAGAUUGCGUUCGGGAGUGGUUUCAAGUGUAACAGCGCAGUCUGGGUCGCCCUCCGGAACGUGAAGCCGUCUCCGAACAAUCCCUGGGAAGGUUGCAUCCACAGGUAUCCGGUGCAACUCAAUCUGUAACCUCAAC